GAGUGAAGGGGACAGUGAGAAAGAUGAGAGAAAGAAGGGGAUCAAAGGAAACCAAAUCCAAGCUAACAAAACUGGCGGCCACCAGGUCAACCACCCUUUUGUCCUUCUCGAUGGUCUUAUUAAAAACACAAACACCGUUCACACCGUCCAACCCAUCACCAACUAUUUCUUUUUCUCUUUUUUUAAUAUGUGUGACAGCUGGGUCUAACAAAAGAAUGGCAUGGUUAAUUAGACAUGUAAUAAAUUAAUAAUCAUGUGAAACAAGUCGUACCAUUCAUACUUGCAUUUACGGAUUAGCUUUUCUUCUCUUUCAAAUUAAACCUCUCUUUCUCUGCUGCUUGUGUAUGUGUUUCUAUUAUGGGGAACUGUUUUAGUGCCAGGAUCAAAGCUGAGAGCCCUCCGCGCAAUGAGAAGGAUUUGAGUGGUACAAGCAGCAAGGUAUCUUCUCGUUCCAUGCUUAUGUCUCCUCUGACAGAGGGCGAGAUUCUGCUAUCCACCAAUUUAAAGAACUUCAGCUUCAUUCAACUAAGAACCGCCACAAGGAACUUUCGUCCGGAUAGUGUGGUUGGUGAAGGUGGCUUUGGCUCUGUAUUUAAGGGCUGGAUCGACGAGCACACUCUUGAACCCACAAAACCGGGCACCGGACUCGUCAUUGCCGUGAAGAGGUUAAAUCAAGAGAGCACACAGGGACAUACUGAAUGGCUGACAGAAAUCAACUACUUGGGUCAGCUGGAUCAUCCUAAUCUUGUGAAACUCAUAGGUUACAGCUUAGAAGAUGAUCACCGGAUUUUGGUGUAUGAGUUUUUGACCAAAGGCAGUUUAGAUAACCAUUUGUUUAGGAGAGCUUCUUAUGUUCGCCCGCUUUCUUGGAACAUACGCAUGAAUAUAGCUCUUGAUGCAGCUAAAGGCCUUGCAUUUCUUCACAGCGACCAAGUAGAUGUAAUAUACCGAGACUUGAAGACUUCUAACAUCUUGCUUGAUUCGAGCUAUCAUGCAAAACUCUCUGAUUUUGGAUUGGCAAAGGAUGGACCAGUAGGUGACAAGAGCCAUGUCUCUACCAGGAUAAUGGGAACAUUUGGCUAUGCUGCUCCUGAAUACAUAGCCACAGGUCAUUUAACGAAGAAGAGUGAUGUAUACAGUUUUGGCGUUGUACUGCUGGAAAUCAUAGCAGGGAAACGUGCAUUAGAUAAGAACAGACCAACAGGGGAGCAUAAUUUGGUUGAUUGGGCUAAGCCAUUACUCGUCAGCAAAAGAAAAAUCUCACAAGUCAUGGAUUCCCGUUUGGACAGUCAAUAUCCGUUGCGCGAAGCCAUGAAAGUAGCAGUUCUUGCAAUCAAAUGCCUCUCUGCUGAACCCAAAUUCAGGCCUACCAUGGAUGAGGUUGUAAGAUCCUUGGAGCAACUCAAGGAUUCUGAAGACACAACAACAAGUGGAGUGGAAAAAUCUCCAGAUCAAACAGUUAAAACGAAUGGUAAUAGUGCAAGAUCUAGUAGAAUCAGUUCAAAACAACAUAGAAGAAGUAACAAUGAAUCUUUAAAUGGAGAAGGUAGUUCUAAUAAUCAGACACCAUCAGCUUCUCCUCUUCACACUUAGAAGAGAAACAUCGGUUUUCAUUGUUGCUGUACAGAUUUUGUUUCCUUGUUAUCAGUUAUAGAGAAAAAUGAAUUAUUUCUUACAUUCCAA